AUGGUUUUCACCAAGAAGAGUCACCAUGACAAAAAAACGGGUUCUAAAAACUCUUUGAAUAGCCCAAAUCACGAAAGAAAAGAUGACGGUGUUGUUGAGCUUCUAAUCAAUGUUGAGUCGCCUCCGUGUGUUUUGUAUGGGUCAGUAACAGAAUCUACAGGAGCGCUUUUGAGCGGGCUAUUAACGCUAAGAAUAAGACAUCCAAAUGAUGUGGUUUCCGUCAGCGAACCCCUGACACCAGUAAACUCGCACGGUCGCACGAAGAAAAGUACUACAAGCCUUAACGCUUUGUCUCAAACUUUUUCGAAUUUGUCUUUAAAAAACUCAACCGUUAGUCCUGUCGAGUCAUUCAAAUCUGCUAAAGUCCCGUCUCUCCAGUAUUCCACGGUCAUAGUUCAGUCUGUGAGUCUUUCGCUCGUUCAGAAGGUUCGAUUUGCCAAACCGUUUGUGGCAGACUGUCCCAGCAUCAAAUCGUGUAAAGACUGCUGCAGGAAAGUAACGGAACUUGCAAGAUGGGACGUUCUGACGAAAGAAACAGAAAUACCUUUGGGCGAUCACGUAUAUCCUUUCUCUCAUCUAAUUCCUGGCUCGGUUCCUGCUACUGUAGCCGUUGGAAUAGACUCUAAAUCGGAAGUGAAAUACGAACUAGUGGCUGUUGCGUCGUAUAAAUCGGUUCGGACAGAGGGCAGUCCAGGAGAAACUACUCCAAGGGUACUACUCAGAUUGCCAGUUCCCGUAACUCGCAGCAUCAUUCGUGGCCCCGACCGAAACUCGUUAAGGAUCUUUCCUCCUACGGACCUAGUUGCAACAGCUGUGCUUCCAAAUAUAAUCUACCCUAAGUCUACUUUUCCGCUGGAAUUGAAGAUCGACGGCAUUUCCUCGGCAGAUAGACGGUGGAGAAUGCGUCGACUCAAUUGGAAGAUUGAAGAAAAGUCGCGGGUAAGGCUUCAGGCUUGUGAUGUUCACAGAUCCAAACUUAAGCAGCUGGAAAAGGAAGUGGCAGAUUCUGAAUCUCGUAAGAAAACCAGCAAGACAAAACCUGUGAAGAGAAGCCACGACGCAGCUCCUCAAAUAACAACAUCAGUAUGCACUCUCGAAGAUGCGCUCUUGACCUCGAAUGCGCCGGAAGAUCCGAAUGCUGUAGAUCGGCCUGCGACCGAAGAGGAAGACAAUGUGCCUGAGGAGAAUAGCUUGAUUCACCCAAGUGAUCAUGCCCUACGCCAAGAACGUGUAGCAGAACAGCAGCGUUUGAGGAACGAAAUGCUGCGACAGCAAGUGCCACAAGGAACCGCCCUUUUCACCGAGGCCUUGAGAACCAUCGCUCAUGGAGAAGUGAAAAAUGGGUGGAAAAGCGAUUUCAGUGGUAAAGGUAAAGUUGAACUAGUCACAGAAAUCAAUUGCAUGGGUCUAAAUUCUGGGGUUGCCAACCCCAUUACUCGAGUUUCGAGCUUCCACACGGUACCACACGCCAGCACACAGCCUGUAACGGUUGCUUGUGACGUUGAGGACCCUAAGUUGGGUAUUUACGUUCAACAUUUGUUGGUGCUGGAAGUCAUCGUAGCCGAGGAAAUGCUUCAGUAUGCUAACGGUCAACCUCUUCAUGCAGAGCCUAAUUCUAGUGCUGCCUCCACACCAGUCACCACCAAUGUUGACCCAAGACUGGCGGAACUGUCGCCAAUGGUAGCUUCGCGGAACAUGUCCGCCUCGGCAGUCGGUGGUGAAAGGUGCGGUACGCCUGAGCUUACGCCUACAACCUCACAUAAUACCCCCAGGGCUGCUACGACACAUCGCGUUGUCGGUGUACCCACUGGUGCAGCUCGUGUUUUAAGAAUGCAAUUUCGCCAAACUAUCACUGAGAGGUCUGGUCUUGGGAUAGCGUGGGAUGAUGAGGUUCCUCCAACGUAUCAGGACGUCAGGCUUUUGUCUCCACCGAGCUAUGUGAAGGCGACCAAUGUCAAAAUGGACUUGGCUAAUCAAACCUCGUGGGGCCAGGAUGGUGUUUUAAACGUGCUGAACAAGAAUAAAUCAAAGAGCGAGGGAAGUAUACUUACACCGCCUCCUCUAGCCCACUCGCAUAAUAGCAGUAGCACGCAGCUAUCUCCGGUACGUUCUCCUCAGUUGGAGAAUAUUAUUAGCAUUCAAGGAAACGCUGCUCCCGCUCACAUUCUGACUCCGGCAACUACACAGGAAGUACAGCUGCCCAGUUUGUCAGAACUGAUGGACACCGAUAGAAUCACUCAGUAA